AUGCCUCAUGCCAUUCUCAGAUGGCUCCAAGACGAUGUGGAGGUGGCAAGACUCGAGGGAAACUUCGGUCUGGCCAUGGGCAGCUGGAUGAAGGUGUCCAAGCAAAUCGUCAAGGCGCCAAGGGAAGAGGCGAAGAGCGUCGUGCUGACAAACCAGACAGCCGAGCCAGAGUUGCAAGAGGGCACCAGCCUGAGACUGUUCUUCGACAACCUCUGCUGUGAGAUUACUUUUGGCUCUGUCAGCGAAGCAAUGGAGUACAAGGACGUGGCCAUGAGCUGCUGGCAGAAGAAGUCUGCGCCAGCGCCAGUCAAGGUGCUGGAGCCUGGGGUGCCAAAGCCCGCACCCGAACCUCCGAGGAAGCGGCCCAGGUUCGAUGACGACGGCUUCACGACCAUGUCCAGCAUGAACCAGCUGAAAAACCACGGCGAGACGCUGAGCUCCAAGCGCGCCGCCCUCGAUUCCAGGGUGGAGACGAAAACCUCCGCCGACCUGCCCCUGGCGCGGAUGAGCUAUGCGCCUGCGAAGCGCCUGCCGUUCACUUGGCAGAUCUUGGUAGGGCUUCUCUUGGGCAUGCGAGGGGCCUGCGGGCAGGGGGUGGAGCAAUACAGUGCCUAUGCUUGCUGUCCAACAGACAAUGCCUACAAUGCAUGCUCUGCGUAUUGCUUUGCUCCAAAACUCGGCGAUGAUCGCGAACUGUUUCGUGUGGCCUGGCUGUAA